ACAUGUAUAAAGGAUUGGUAAUGUUGGACCAGGUGGAAGGACUUACCUAGCUGUUUUCACGUAACAUUUGGAAUUGGCUUAAAGUGUAAUUAAUUAAUACAAAAGAUCGCAAAGAGGGAAAGUAACACCUGGAUGUUUCGUUUAGAUGCCGUGUUCAUGAUUCGAGUCAGAAAGUGUAUGACUUUAAGGUUAAUCCGUAAACCCAAUAAGAAAACAUGACAGUCGAGAGUGUUGUUGACGAUGGAAAUGUUUAUUUGUUUGAGGACAUCUGCGGGGAUUCGCCAUUCUGGACCCCAGACGUGUUAAGCUCCGAGGCCCCUAAGUUUACCGCGUGUUUUCAGACCACCAUCCUGCAAUGGAUUCCAUUCAUCUGGAUUUGUCUGGCACUUCCGGUCUAUGUUGUCGUCAUCUUUCGACGUCCACCGGAAGUUCGCUUGCCUUUGACCUCCUUCAGCAUAGCAAAAUCGGUUCUUUGCCUCGCCUUGGUGAUAUUGACCAUUGCGCAGGCGCUGUCAGUGAAUCGAAACGGACCUGGCUGUGAGCAACGAAACGUGACGAGUACCUCAUAUUACCUCGGCUACGGGUUAACCUCUGUCUCGUUGGUGAUUGUGGGAGUAUUUAUACAGUUGGUGCGGCGAUGGGGCGUCAUCAGUUCGGCAGUUAUCUACGCCUAUUGGAUACUGUUACUAGUGUGUAGUAUUAUACCACUCCAGUCAACGCUCUCAUACGAGCUGUUCUGUUCCAAUAGUAACGUGGUCUAUCACAUCUUCUACUUCGUCAUGAUACUGGUCCAGACCAUUCUACACAGCUUCGCGGACAAGCGUUCCAGCAGGGACUAUGAAAACCAGCAACGAUGCCCCGAUGUUGACGUAUCAUCAUUAUCAAAUCUCGUGUACGCCUGGAUGACGCCCACAGUCAUCAAAGCUUACAAAAAGAAGAUAGCGAUAUACGACCUUUGGACCCAGUCGGAAAGGCUUAAAUGUAACAACACCGUGAGCGAACUCCAGUUGACUUGGAACAAAGAGUUAAGGAGACUGAUAAACUUGCAUAGGCAAAAUAAAAGGACAAAAAUACAGACUCACCAAAAUGGCAGCUCCCACAAUGGUCAUGUGAUGGGAGAAGAAACGCCAUUGUUGGCAUCAGGAUCUUCCAGGAAAAGUCACCAUUUGCUGGAAGACGACGAGAGUUUGCCCCUGAAGCCUUCCCUGUAUAGAACAUUGAUUAAAACGUACGGUCUGCUCUGGUUACAAUGCAACUUAAUGAAGGUCGUAUCCGAUCUCUGUCUCCUGUCACAGCCUAUACUAAUCAAGUAUAUAGUGCUCUACGUCGGGAACAGAGGAAAACCGGGAUACCCGGUCUGGAAUGGCGUACUGUUGGCAUUCCUGUUCUUUGCGGCCUCACAAGCCAACACCUUUAUAUAUAACGCGAGUCUACAUCUGGUUCUUACCCUCGCUCUCAGGGUUAAAAGUGCUUUGGUCGGAACUAUUUAUAGAAAGGCAUUGAAGAUGGGAAACACUGUUAAAAGGGACUACACCGUUGGCCAAAUAGUGAACCUGAUGUCUGUAGAUUGUCAGCGAAUACAGGAUUCCGUUAUAUUCUUCAACUACAUGAUACCGUUCGUCACGUCCCUGGCUGUCAGUCUGUAUGAAAUAUGGGACGCUGUCAACGAAAGCAUCGUUUACUGUCUCAUAGUGGCUGUUAUAUUCAUAUCACUGAAUAUAAUCUUUGGUCGAUUUCAACAGAGGUAUCAAAUAGGGCUGAUGCAAAGCAAGAGCUCAAGGAUGAAAUUGUUCAACGAAGUUUUAGGAGGGAUAAAGGUACUGAAGAUGUAUGCCUGGGAGAGCAUAUUUGGUAAAAAGCUGUUGAGCAUAAGGGAAAAAGAACUUGGGUUCCUAAGGAAGUACGCAGUUGUAACCUCAUUUACCGUGACUCUCUCUACACAGAGUCCUUUCCUACUGUCCACCGUGGUGUUUCUCGGCUACGUGCUUGCCAAGCCGUCUCAGUAUUUGGACGCCGCUACAGCAUUCCAGGUCGUAUCUGUGGUCAACUUUUUGCGCUACCCCAUCUCCUUCGUACCCUACGUCAUAACGGCCAUUAUACAGAGUCGGGUUUCCGUGGGAAGAAUACAACAGUUCCUAUGGAGCGAGGAUCUCAAUACCGAUACUGUCCAUCGCGUGACUGAAGCGGUCCAUGCCGUUUCUGUCGAGAAUGCCUCUUUCACUUGGGAUCCGGAGUUACCAAUACAAACUCUACGCAGUAUUAAUGUAAAUAUCGAUGACGGACAGUUAGUGGCCGUGGUUGGCCUCGUCGGGGCUGGUAAAUCGUCCCUCCUGGCUGCACUGCUCGGAGAGAUGGCUAGGACACAAGGCCGCGUCACACUGAAGGGCACCACGGCGUACGUGCCCCAGGAGGCGUGGAUACAGAAUAUGACGCUAAAGGAUAACAUCCUGUAUGGUAGUCAGUUCCGGACCAGACGCUACCGGAAGGUCAUUAAAGCGUGUCAGCUGACCCCUGACCUCGCCAUACUCUCGGCUGGGGACCAGACUGAAAUAGGACAGAGGGGUAUAAACCUGAGCGGUGGUCAGAAACAGAGGGUUAGUUUAGCCAGAGCAGUGUACAGUAACUCAAAUGUCUACCUCCUGGACGAUCCUCUCAGCGCAGUGGACAGUCACGUGGGCAAGGCCAUAUUUGACAAGGUGAUCAGUCAUGACGGACUUCUGAAAGGAAAGACUCGAGUUCUUGUCACCCACGGCAUUCACUGGCUACCGAAGGUAGACAAAAUCAUAGUUAUGGACAAUGGACGGAUCACCGAGAUGGGGAGCUAUGAUCAGUUGCUGGAGAAUAAUGGCGCCUUCUCCCGGUUUCUGAAUACCUACUUACUUAAAGGAGAUUCGGACGAUGACGAGUCAGAUGAAGAAGUAAGGCUGAUCAAACAACAUAUACGCGAGCGUUUUGACCAAGUGACGUCAGACGGUCUGACGUCAGAUGAUAACAUCGUAAUGGACGAAUUAACGAAAGGAUUCGGACACAAGAAAUCCUUGAGGAGGAGGACUAUCAGUACUACGUCGGCCGCUACCGUCGAGUCGCUGAUGUCCCUUUCACAGUCCUCUCCCAAGUGUGACGAGGAGCAAAGAUUUCAUUCCGGGCGCCUCAUCACGGAAGAAACGACGAAAGAGGGAGUUGUGAGCUGGCGAGUGUACUUUGGCUAUAUGAAGGCUAUGGGGGUAGGAGCCACUAUAUUGGCAGUAUCCUUAUUAGCAGCAUCACAAGCUAUAGGAGCUUUUCUCAAUUUCUGGAUCGACUUUUGGACGACAGACGUUGAGAUGGACCAGGCAAUCAAUGUGACUGCCCAAACAAACUCAACCAUGGACUAUAUUCAGGAUUUCACAGACAAAAAUAUCUACUACCUCACAACGUAUUUCAUCAUCGGUUUGGCCCAAGGAAUAGCCAUGUUCCUGUUCGUGUUCCUGUACCUGUUCCGAAUGGUACGCGCGAGCAAAUACUUUCACUCCUCCAUGCUAGACUGUAUACUGCGGUCGCCCAUGUCCUUCUACGACACCACGCCCAUCGGUAGGGUACUGAACAGGUUCUCCAGUGACCUGGACGUCAUAGAUGAUCGACUUCCACGCACGUUCAGACUUCUCCUGUACUACUUCUCUGUCUUACUUUUGACUUUCAUCGUCAUCGGAAUCCAGACGCCGCAGUUUUUGAUAGCUCUCGCACCGGCCGGUGUUCUCUUUAUCAUCCUUUUGAAAUUUUAUCUACCGACCGCUAGGCAGCUGAAGAGGAUAGAAUCGGUGACACGGUCUCCCGUUUACAACCACUUCGGGGAGACGAUAACGGGAGCUAGUGUGAUCAGAGCGUACGGGUCCGUGGACAGGUUCAUACAGGAAUCGGAGAGACGGGUCGAUACCAACCUCGCCUUCUAUCACGGCGCCAACGGCGCUUCACGGUGGAUUGGUAUAGCUUCGGAAUCACUCAGUAAUACCCUGGUCCUAGUUGCAGCUUUAUUUACGGUGUUGUCCCCCACUGUAACCGGAAGUGACGCCGGUCUCUCGCUGACGUACGCAUCACAGAUAGUGUUCGGUAUUGCUGUCUGUGUGUACUCCGUCAGUGAAAUGGAAAUGAACAUCGUGUCCGCUGAGCGAGUUAGCGAGUACACAGAACUUCCGGCAGAGGCGGAGUGGGAUAACCCCGCCCACCACCCGCACGACAGCUGGCCUGACGAUGGUACAGUCAAGUUUAAAAACUACACGACCAGAUACCGUCCUGGCCUCGAGUUGGUACUCAACGGCGUUAACUGUGAAAUACACAGUGGCGAGAAGGUAGGUAUAGUAGGACGUACCGGGGCUGGGAAGUCCUCGCUGGUGCUGGCGUUGUUUCGUCUUACUGAAGCCGCCUCGGGAAGUAUCACUAUAGACCAGAGAAGGAUAGCUGAUCUCGGUCUUCAUGACCUACGCCCGAGGAUUACCAUUUUACCCCAGGAUCCAGUGAUAUUUUCUGACUCCAUCAGAGCUAACUUAGACCCCUCCAAUCGGUUUUCUGAUGAAGCUGUUUGGCGAGCGCUGGAAAGUGCUCAUCUCAAACAAUAUGUAUCCGGACAGCAGAACAACAUCUAUCAUGAGUGUGGAGAAGGCGGUUUGAACUUGAGUGCUGGACAGCGACAGUUGGUUUGUCUUGGCCGGGCUCUGCUUCACAAAAACAAAAUCCUGAUUCUGGACGAAGCGACUGCAGCCGUUGACAUGGAAACAGAUGACUUGAUACAACAAACCAUAAAGAUGGAGUUUGAGGAAUGCACUGUUCUCACCAUCGCCCAUAGACUCAACACUAUCAUGGACUAUGACAGAGUGAUGGUACUCGAUAAAGGAUUGAUAGUCGAGUUUGAUCGCCCCCAGACCUUAUUGACGGAUAAAGACACUGUAUUCUACAGCAUGGCGAAGGAUGCGGAUCUAGUGGACUGGUUUGAUACCGAAAACAAACUAAGAUAGACGACACGUUACCAAGGAAACAUUCGACAUCCCUUGGCAGGGAACGUGAUAAACAUAUUUGUGUGUUUAUCAGAUGUGCAGACUGGUCUGAUAUUAAUUAAAUAUAUGGUGAACGAUACUUUUCAUACAAUAGAAAGAUGCUCUUUUUGGCACUGUCAUCACCUGCAUACGGUAUAUUGACUAAUGUGUGGUCACAGGAUUGACGGGUGUACUAAAAUGUCUACAAGUACAUGUUCAUCCGCUCAAUCUUUCACUGCAUUCUUCAAAAUCUUAUUCAUCAAAGCGAAUAGGCGAAACUUUAACUGCGGGAAAAUGUUUUAUGUAUGCAGUGUAAAAAUCGUCAAUAUGAUAUUCACUUUUGUGAUUACGUAAAACUCUAGCUGAAACUAGAUUUAAAUGAUGUUUCAAAUCAAUUCUUGUAUAUCACUGACUUCUACGAUCGUUAAGUUGUAAUAAUUCAUAACAUACAAACACAAUGUUUAAAUGUUAAAUUAGAUUUCUAUACAUAUCACUUCUACUGCAAGAUCCUCUAUAAGCAUUACCCUAAACAUUGCGCCCAUGGGGCUAUGAACGCAAUAAGAUCAGUGCCAAUAGGAAGCGUCUCCUACCACCCCGAAUAACAUAUGACAACCUUAGAAGCAAACAUUUUGAUGACGUUAGGCUGUUCCAGGAAUCUCGUUAGCACUGCCGACAUAAACACUUCAAUAUUGAAAAUAGGAUGGAAUAUCUGGAGUUAGGUAAAAAAUUACUUAAAUUUAGGAAUGUAAACAAAAGGAUAUAUCGGUUACAUACAUAUGUAUCAUGAACCCACUAAGACCACCAGGGCUUCAUGGAACAUGUAUGUAACCGAUUGGCGUUCAUACUAGCAUGAAGUUGAGAACAAUGCCGUUCAAUCUUGAUAUAUUUUCUAAUUAUUAAUGAACUAAUUUAAAUAACAAGAAGGCUAAGUGUAUACUGGCCGUAUUUAAUAUUUCUGUUUAUUGUGUGCACUCAUUCCUAAAGCUCGGAAAACGGUACAUAUAUCUAUGUAUCUUGGCGGUAUCUUUUGUGCAUUCAAAAUUAUUAUAACCAAUCUUUGUGUAAAAAAAUAUGCAUAUCACAAAACUCAAUAAUUAUCAUAACGAAACAUUAGUGCAUUUUAUAAAAAGAACUUUGAUAAAAGUAAGGCAAAGUGAGUUGUGUUUAAUUCCAUUUUACCAAUGUUGCCAUGUUUAAUGUAGUUUAGGAUGUACGCGUUCAUUUUGGUUAAUCAUGCCUUGUGCGUCGAUUGUAACUUACAUUUCCUUUACGAUAAAGUUGUAUUUUGCAUUUCUCAGAGGAGAAUACGAGGAAGGCAUGUGUGUGAGAAGAAUAAAAUAUAUCU